AUGAAAAGAGAACGGUCUGAAUCUGAAUCGCACGCAACUGAAGUGGAGAGCUUGAAAGCCAAAAUCGCGGGUAUCAAUGCUUUGCUUCGAGAUGCUGAAGAUAGAAUUGCGCUUCAAAUGGAAGAUCUUGUGAAAAAGAUUGAAUAUCAAACCUCUCAAGUUGACCUCUUGAGAAACUGUAUGGAGUAUCACACGAGAGAGAUCGCUGUUACUAAGGCUCGGGUGGAAGAUACAGAAAUCCAAGUUACAGACCUGGAGAAUGUUUGCGAGCUCAAUUACCAACGUUCCAGAGCACUUGAGAUCUCUAUUCAGAAGGUGGCAGAUGCAUCUCCAGCUAACCCCCAAGUGGAGGUUCAAUAUGAGAUCGAGAAUUUCACCGAUGAGCGUUAUCAUUAUUAUUCAGUGGCUUGUGAGGCUGCUCGAAAUGGCCAGGUUCCAGUAUUAGAUCCACAACUCGGCUCUUGA